AAUCAGAGCAUGAGAGAACAGAGCUGAAGUCACGGUUGAAUGAGCAGAGGUAUAGCGAGGAGAACACACGGAGGAAAAGAGUUCCAGUUUCAGAUGAGGCUGAUUCCAGUGGUUCAAGACGUCAACUGGAGAGAGAGAUUGAUGCUCUUAAGUCUCAAAUCCAUGUAAGCACUGCAGUUGACAGACAUGAGGACAUGAGGAUAUGAAAAGAGAGCUAGAUCGCAGUGAGAGACAACGCACACAACUCUCUGAUCACAUAGAGGUGCUCAGCAAAGAUGUCGAGAAUAAAGAAAAGCAAGUAAGCAAACUUAUUCAACAGCUCCAAGACACAACUCACCUGUAUGACACUUGUAAUAGAGACAAAGAGAAACUGCUAAAUGAGUUACAAGAUAGUUUGCGCAAGUUACGAGAUGUGACCCAGCAAGCGGAGAAAUGUGAGACUGAUUACAGAAAUACAGAGAAAGCUCUGCAAGAGAGUGAAGCCAAGAGGGAAGAAAUUAAAAUACGGGCUCAGGAAACAGUAAAACAGUGGAAGGUAAAAUGUAAACGUCUGGAGCGAGACGUGGAUAGAUUCAAGCACAGUGCCGAGCAGCUUGUAGAGCGUAACGAGCAACUCAUUAAGGACGGAGAGUCAACCAGGUCCCAGGCAUUAGCAGGGGGACAGCAUAUGGAGUCACUCAGGAGGGAAAUGGCUGACAUCUUGUCUGUUCGGGCCCAACAGGAUGAGCAGUUAAGAAUAAAGGAUGUUGAGGUGAAUGAGUUAAAAUCUGUGAAAAUGGACUUAGAGAAAGAGUUACGUGACACGAGAUCUGUACUAGAUAGGAUGGAACUGGAUGUCAAGGGGAUUCAGUCUAAAUUUGAAAGGCUCGAACAUGAGAAAAAUGGCCUGGAAGAACAGUUAUCGAGGGUCCAGGCUGCUCAGCUGUCCGCCCAGGAUCAGCUGCAUCAAUACCAGCGUGAUAUGAAUGAGGUCACAGUGGAGAAAGCUGAUAUCAUGAACAAAUUAAAAGAUGAGAUCUCCACAGUACAGGAGCUUAAGAUGGAAUUGUCCGAGUGCAGGCGUAAUGAAGCUGGCUUACGUGAGGAUCUAGAGAUGUACGAUAGACAGUUACGGGAAGAGCGGGAGCAGCAGAAGUCGACUCAAGACAGCCUCGUCAAACAACUUGAACAAUCAAAGAGCCAUGAAGCAAGUAUAACUCAGGAAUUAACCAGGAGAAUAAAACGAGAGAAAGCAGAGGGUGAAGCAGAAAUCCAAGCUCUCAAGCUGAGUCUAUCAGAGGACAGAUCCUCUCUACAGCUGCUUAAAAGGAGAGAGGAGAAAUCUACAGCUGAAAUAGAGGAACUUCAUGACAAACUGCAGAGGUUGGAAGGGGAAUUGGCCAAGAGUGAAAGGAAGUAUCAGAAGGCAAGACAUGAAUAUGAACUCAAGAGUUCCACAGUGGAGGAGGAGUUAGACAGGUCAAGAAGACUGGAGGAUCAGUUAUAUUCCAUGAAGGAUGCCAAUAGUAGACUAGAGCAAGAUGUUCAAAAAGUGCUUCAUGAUAUAGAUGGCAGCGUUGAUGCUCUUACAAAGCUUACAAACCAAAACAAUACAACAACAUUCCAGAAUUCAUCCAUUAAGAGAUCUCUAGGAGAUAGGCAGAAGUGGGUGGCUGAUAUAUUGGCAAAGUUAGAAUGGUUGAAAUCAGAGCUACGAUUUCAUUUUGAGAAAGAGCGCAAGUUGCGAACAAAUGUGAAGGAAGUGGUAGAAGCGACACAAGCAGAUAGAGAGUUCUUUACUACUGAGCUAAAUCGACAAAAUGAGAUCAUAGAUGAACUGGCCAAUCAGAGAAAGGUUCUGUCUGAUAAAGAGAAUGAGGCAUCUGAGGAGGUGAGUGAACUACAGGAACAGGUGGUUGAGUUAUCUGUUAAUCUAGAUGCUGAGAGACAACACACACAAACUGUUGAAGAGCAGGCAGAUAAGGAAAAGCAACAGCUCUUAGAGGACUUUGCAAGACUCAGGAACUCGGAUGCUGAGAGACAGAAGAUACAAGAUAGAUUUUCAAGGCUACAGGAAACCAUGACAUCAUUAAAACAGGAAUUAACGGACACAAGACAGCCACGAAAUCUACAGAGGGAUUACAAGCGUGAUGCAGACUCCAUGACAAGCCACCUGGCGAGUAUAAGCCCCACAGCAUCACCCAAAAAAUCACGUCGUGUCCAAAUCAAUGAGAAACCAUAUAUUUUUAGUGAUAGCAGCUAUAUGAGCCCAAGCAGUCAACCAGUAUCAAAAUAUAAUACAAGAGGGACUACGAGCCCAUUGAAAUCUCCACCUUCAAAUGACACUGGAGUAAAAUCUCUACGCACCCGUCCAGUACUGCUAUCUCAGCAGAGACGUUCACCUUUGAAAGACUCAACUUCUAGAAGGAAAUACUCCACCAAUCAAAAACAUUCAGAAGCAGUCAAGCAACAGCGGGCAGCAUCAUACCCAUAUAAGGAACGCUAUGAUUUUGACUCUACAAUUGAUAGCCUGAAUACAACUGAAGACAGCAUAGACUCAUCAUACGUCACUCGAAAGUAUACAAGGCCGAGCAGUAAACUUUAUAGUAAAGACGAUCUCAGUCCAAUUAUGUCACAAAGUAGAAAAGUGACGUCACCUCCUACACUUGACAAACCAACUCAUGGUGGUUCAAGGUUAAGAAGCCGGACUCCUCCACCUUUGGAUUUAAAUGAUGACGAAUUCAAGAAAAAGUUUUAUCCCGAAUCACCUCCGAAAAUAUCGUUAAAUGAUUUUAGAUAGUAUAGUUAUAAUAAAGUUUAUUAAUAGUAAUGUACAUA